CCACGGUUCUAGAUACAAAUGGCUGACCAAAACAUGCCCGGUUGAUAUUCUUUAGUUUUUUGGGAUUAAUAAGAAAGUAAAAUGCAGUGUAUUUAAGAUUCCUUCUUUAACUACCGUAAAUGCAUCACAUUCGUUUUUGAAUGGUCGGGCUGCAGAACUUCAUUAUAACGUUAGAGUUGCUAUUGUUUACGUUUACGCCAUCUCCGGCUAGAGUGAAACUUGAUGUAAAAUUAACUUGUUCACUUUUUUCCCUUGCUUCGCCGGGUGUCUGGGAUAUUUACUCGACAAGAUGAUUGAGGUGGUGGCUUCUAUGGCUCGGGGUCCCGUGUUUCUGGCAGGGGAACUUAUGGAGUGCCUCAUAACCUUCACUAACCCCAUGUCCCACCUCUCAACUUCUGCCACCAGUGAGAUGCUAGCCUGGGCCAGUGCACAAAUCCACUGUCAGUUCCAUGCAAGUGAAGGCAGAGUGGCCCUUCCACAGCAGGGCAACAAACAAGAUGUCCAGGCUGAAAAUGACACUGUCCUCAUCCCAAGCAGAGGAGAACGAGGGCAGUGUGUGUUGGACACUCCACCAAAAAUAUUAUUCUGUGAUCUCCAGCUGGACCCCGGAGAAAGUAAAACUUAUUCAUACACUGAGGUUGUACCUGUUGAUGGCCCACCUAGCUUUCGUGGACAAGCAGUUAAAUAUGUCUACAAACUGACAAUUGGCUGCCAGAGAGUUAAUUCGCCUAUCAAACUUCUUCGAGUUCCUUUCAGAGUACUUGUUCUGCAGGGCAUGCCAGAGCCCCCAUUUACACAGGAUGAGGAGGUUUCACCCUCCAAUCCAUUCCUGGAAGAAGAAGACGUCAGUCGAAGAGAUGCUCGGCCACUGGAAAGAGCACUUGACUUGUUAAUGGUCACUACCUCAAGACGAUGUCCUCAUAUGUUUAAUAUUACUAACAUGCGUGGAAAGGUGGCAAAGUUCUGCAUCUUCAAGACAGUUUAUCGACUUGGGGAAGACAUCAUAGGCACAUUUAAUUUUGCAGAGGGUGACAUUCCAUGUUUACAGUAUUCAGUUAGUCUCCAAAGUGAAGAGGAGAUUCAGCAGCAAUAUCAGCGUCGACCUGGACAGGGCACUAGUGUAACUGGACACGGCCGCCAUCUAGAGUCAUGCCUGCACACCGCCUCCAGCCACUUCUCCCUUCCCAUUCCCCUGAAUGUCACACCCGGCUUCAGCACAGAUAUAGUGACCCUGAGGUGGCGUCUGCACUUUGAGUUCGUUACUGCUCGAGAGCCAAUGGAACCUCCGGUGGUGCAGCAGAACCAAUCAGAGGUCACAGUUUGGUCUGGGGCAGAACAUGUCGAUGUGGAUACUUUCAGCUGGGAUCUGCCCAUUAAAGUACUGCCCACAAAUCCAGCCCUGGCAUCUCAUGUGUCUCAGUUCACAGGGACCAACAGCAUUAACAUUUAAUUCAUUUGACUUUGCAUUGAUUUAUUGUGAAUGCAAGAUAAAAUGAACAGAGAGAUAAUGGUAUAUUAACACUAUAUCCUUAUACAGAAUUAUUUGCCUGUUCCAUGUGCAAUUCACAGCUGAUUUUUACUGUUUUGGGCUGCUAUUCAUGUCUGUAUUUAUUUAACUGGAAACUCAUGUUAUUUCACAGAUCAGUUGAUGCUAAUUUUGUGCCAUCCAGGAAUAAGAUAUAAUUUAAGCAAUUUUAAAUUAAAACAACUGAAUUUCUAUCUGGUUGAUAUUGAAAUGUUGGCUUAAAAAAGUAAGUCCAGUUUUUUUCGUUUUAAUUUGUUUAUAAUAUUUCACAGAUCAUGUUUCCUAAUCAUAAUUGGUUACUAUAUUUUAUGGUUUGAGACUGACAGACCUUUACAUUAUUUUAUCUGAGCAAUAAUUGCAAUUUGAGCAGAAUAAUGAUGCAAGUCAUCACUUUUGUUUUUAUUUGUUGAUUUCAAUUGAAGAGUAUUUAAACAGAUCCACUGUUACAUCUUACAUAUAUUACAGUGUAAAUUUGCUUACACAGUAUUUACAUUUCCUGGUAAAUAAAAAAAAUAAUAAUAAUUAAAAAAAAA